AAUGCCUGAGGAUGGAAAAGAUCCUCUCUUGAUAUGGGCGGAAUAUCAUCUACAUCCAAAUUUGAGUAGAGAAGAGGCUUUUAAAUUAUUGCAGCCUCAUAAUAAUGAUUUUCGAUUCACGUAUGGUUUAGCUUCACUCUUCAUUACAUUGUACAGUAUAACAGCUGUUAGUGCCCUUAUAGUAAACUCCUUAAUGGCCUAUGUUCUUAUUAGUAAUAAGACUCUUAGGAGUGCUAAUAAUGCUUUUGUGACGAAUUUGAUAAUCAGUGAUAUAUUAUUAGCUCUUAUCGUUAUGCCUUUAUCAACCAUAAUGCUUAUUCUAAAAGAAUGGAAUCUUGGAGAGACCUUUUGUAAAAUGACUCCAUGGUUAAAAGCUACAUGUGUAUCAUGCAGUACUUAUAGUAUAAGCGCUAUUGCAGCUAUACGAUAUCGUUGUAUUGUGAAAGGAUCUAAAUUACCGUCCUACCGAAAUGCCUCACUUGGUAUUGCAACUAUUUGGGUUGUUUCCACGAUUAUUGGAUCACCAAUGUUGUUUGUUGUUCAAAUACGAAUCUAUAAAAUAGCACCGCCGUAUCUUUUGUAUAGGACUUGCUCAGAACAUUGGCAAAGUUAUACAUUAAAAGUCUUAUAUAGUGUGACGGUCAUGACUUUACAAUUUAUUUUACCUCUACUUAUUAUAGCCUUUGUCCACUGGAAUAUCUGUAGUGUUCUAAAGCGUAGAAUAAAUGCUAGACAUAGGCCAUUAGUUAGAGCUCUACGUGAGGCAAGACGUCAUCGGAAGAAUUCAACAUUACUCAUGAUGAUUGCUUGUGUAUUCGCCUUUUGUUGGUUUCCUUUCAGUUUUUUCAACUUGAUAGCUGAUUUAGAAAGCAAACAAAUCAGCAAUGAAUAUUUCAUGGUUAUCUACGGAUCUUUCCUAUUAAUAGCCCUGAGUUCAGCAUGUUUGAAUCCAUUGCUUUAUUGCUGGACAAAUGAAGCUAUCAGAAGAACUAUAAAAGGAUUACUAAAGAGAAACACUAACUAUAAUAGAAGGAAUACUAACUUACAAGAAAAUAGUUUAAUCAUGAGAGUGUUACGAAAUCAACCUCUUGUUCACGUUUUAUAG